GUGACGUCAUCAUCCAGCCGCCGUCGACGUGAAUGACAGGUCGCGGGAAUUGUCUGUCUGCUUGCUACCUUUUGAGACUCGUGAGGGAUAUUUCUACGAAGGACAGGUGUAAUUGGCUAUAUAUGAGCCGUAAAGAAAGAUCAGAAGGAAAGGAUCCAAGAGGAUGUAGACAAUAUUAUAGUCUGAAUACGCUAUAAAAAGGGAGAAGAAGAAGAGGUGUCUGUCUUCUGCUGCUGAUAGUUGGGAUGGCCGUGACCUGACAGUGAUUACGCAUCUGUAAGGCGAAGGACGUCGGAAAAUAUGUGUGGACUGCUGUUAAGCUCCCAGUUGGUUCUGUAAUUUUAGCAGUUAGCGACUGAAGCUAAGGGUAUCGUAGUUGCAUUUCAGGACGGGAUAAAUAUAUUGCCUCACUGUAGAUAGACUUUACAGUUAGCAGGUCAGUAUAAUUCUGUGAUGAAUUUAAACCCAAUUGUACUAUAUUUGUCAUGAAGCAAAAAUGAAUGUAUUGUAAGAUUGAUUUCAUUGUAAACAGGGCAGUGAACUAAUGAACAGAUGCAGAGAUAAUUACGGAAAGGAAUAGAGCUCGUCAAGAAGGCCUGCAAAUUAGAAACUAUAAGAACAAAAACCAAAGAUCGCCGCUGCAAAUGGUGUGGCAUAGUAUACAGCUACACAGAGAGCUGGUAUGUAAUGUGCCAUAUAAAAGUGUGCAGAAAGCUUGUUGACACAGGAGAGGCAGCUUGUGCCUUAGAAAGUCUUGUGAUGAGGCAUCACCUUUACCACAAGCUGAUAUGUCUUUUGAAGAAGUGUAUAAAAGAUUUAUUGAAAAUGAAAGGAUGAAAGACCAAAUGAUUCACUCUGUGGAAAAGGCUUUCACUUGCACUGAGUGUGGAAAAAAGUUCGAGCGAGCUGCCACUCUGAAGAAACAUAGAGAGACUCACUCUGCAGAAUACUUAUUUGAGUGUUCUAAGUGUGGGAAAAGGUUUAGGGAAAAUGAUACCCUAGAGAUACACAAGACAAGGCACACUCGACAAAAGAAACUAGAGUGUUCUGAAUGUGGGAAAAAGUUCAUUUCACAGACUCCUUUGAAGCGCCACCUGUUGGCUCACUGUGGAAUAAAACCAUUUAAGUGUUCUGGGUGUGGGAAAAAGUUUACGUCAAAGAGUUCUCUGAAUUUGCACCAACAGAGUCAUUUAGAAGCGAAAAUGUUCAAGUGCUCUAUGUGUGAGGAAUGGUUUAAUCAACGUUGUCUGCUGACGAGACACCAGAGGGGUCACACUGAAGAAAACCCUUAAGACAAAACCAAUUAAGUAUUCUGAGUUUGGAAAUCAAGUGAAAAAACACAUGAGUAUUCCGAGUGUGGGGAAAGGUUGAAUGGAGAGAUAAGCCAAAGAGACACCAGAUCAUUCACAAAGAGAUGUAGAUGAUUUUCACAUUUACACAUCAGACUCCAGAUGUAAACAGAAGCAUGACAGCAAAGGGAACUAUGUUUAUUUAUGUUUUAAUUGCAGAAGCCAAAAAAACUCUUAAUUCCUUUCUGAAUGAAAAAUUAUUUUUUAUUGUAAAUCAGAGAAAUUACUCCAAGUAUUUUUUUUAUU